AAUAGUAUAUACAUGAGACUGUAUCAUUUUAUGUCGCCUUGGUACCAGACAAUGAGUCUCACAGUUUCGUUUAUUGUUUCCUAUUUCUCAAUCUAAUAGCUUAUACAUCAAUCUUUUUUAUAAUAAGUGAUCAACACUCAGAAAUAAUAUAAAUAACCUUGGUUUUCCUGUCAAUAAUACGGUAAGUAGGUACCAACAUUGACUUUGAAUAAAUUCCCAGCCAGUACUUUGAUAAAAGUCGGUUCCUCGAGUCGGAUCAAUAAUGGCUAAGUUACUGCGAUACAGCCGCUUGUUCUACAAUCAAUUGCGACCUUUACAUUCAAAUAAUCUGAGUGUUCCAAUUAUAAAUCUGGAAAAGGAAAAGCGAGCGUUCCAAGCUGUCCUUCCAGAAUUUAUUGAUGAUGUUAUAACACGGCCUAAGAUAAAACAGCUGCCAGAAGUCGCAUCAUGGAUGAAGCAGCUCUUAGAAUACACGUUAACCGGGGGAAAGCUGGGCAGAGGCUUAAUGGCGUCCACGGGGUACAAAAUGUUUGAAGAUCCUGACCAUUUCUCGGUAAAAACACAACACUCCGCUCGGCUCCUCGGCUGGUGUGUAGAAAUGUUGCACACAUCACUAAUAGUAUUCGAUGAUGUCCUGGAUGGCGGGACAGUGCGACAUGGUAAGCCAAGUUGGCACGUGCGACGCAGCAUCAGCAACUAUGCUUUCACCGACGCCAUGCUGAUACACCAUGCUAUGAUGGACGUAUUAGAACUGUACUUCGGGAAAACGCCUUUUUAUAAUAAUAUGUCUAGUUUGUUUCAAGAGGCAACGUACCGAGCCGUAAUUGCCGAGCACAUGGACUUAUGUUCAGGCUAUAACAAGGAUACGGACAAUAUCGAAAUAUUCACCAUGAGUCACCUCCAUGAUAUAGCCACAUACAAGUCAGCCUACUAUUCCUUCAAGUUGCCAAUAUUUGCUGUACUGCUUCUAGUGAAGAAUGGGCAGAACUUAGCUACUGCGGGACUACAUGAGUUUUGUAUGGAAUUAGGAAUACUGAUGCAAGCACAGGACGAUUACCUGGACGCUUACGGCAACGAGACAGUCAUAGGCAAAAACUGCAGAGAUAUCCAAGAAGGAAAAUGUACUUGGUUCUCAGUAACUGCGCUACAGCGCUGCAACUCCGCUCAACGUUCCAUCUUCAAAGAAUACUACGGCAGCAAUGACUUGGAACAUGUGCAGCGCAUCAAGCAGCUUUAUGAUGAACUGAACCUGCGUCAUGUGUAUGAAGAGUAUGAGCUCAAAAUGUAUGAAGAUCUGUUGCGUCGAAUAGACGAAGUGCCCCACCAAGGGGGGAGGACUCUGCUCACAGGAAUAUUAAAUUCUUGUUAUAAAAGAGUUAAAUAAUAAAAGAGCUAAUUACAUAUGCUGAAAA